GCGGCGCAGCGGCGGAGCGGCACGGGCGGAGAGCGGACAGCCGGCACCCAGCCCCGAGCGGCGCGGGCAGCGGCGCACCCACAGCCGGGGGGGCGGCGGCGGGCGGCGGCUGCGGGCGGCUUCCCUGUACUACUGCCUGCCUUCAGCCAGUCUUUAUUGUCUGCAGAGUGUGAGGUACACUUCUGUUCAUCAAGAUGGAAAGCUCAGAUUCUAGUGAUAAAGGAAGUAUUGAUCAAUCAGAAGCCCAACGUCAGAGCCAGCUGGAUCGGUUAGACAGAGAAGAAGCUUUCUAUCAAUUUGUGAACAACCUGAGUGAAGAGGACUACAGGCUUAUGAGAGAUAACAAUUUGCUAGGAACACCAGGUGAAAUUACUGAAGAAGAGUUGCUGAGAAGGCUACACCAAGUUAAAGAAGGUCCGCCACAGCAAAACAGUGAUGAGAAUAGAGGUGCAGAGUCCGCAGAAGAUGUUUCAAAUGGAGAUUCUAUAAUAGACUGGCUUAAUUCAGUCCGACAGACUGGAAAUACAACACGGAGCGGGCAGCGAGGAAACCAGUCCUGGAGAGCAGUGAGCCGGACUAACCCAAAUAGCGGCGACUUCAGAUUCAGUUUGGAAAUAAAUGUCAACCGUAAUAAUGGGAACACGAAUCCAGAAACUGAGAAUGAGCCAUCUGUAGAGCCUUCCAAUGGGGAGGAUUUGGAAAACAGCCAAAGUGACUCUGAAAUUCCAAGGUCUGAAUCACCAUCUGUAAGGCAGCCUGGAUCAGAAAGGAGCAGUGCGGAGGAGCUGACAGCUGAGGAGGCUUCCCUUCCUAGAGGGCAGAGGAGAGCCAGGAGUAGGAGUCCAGAACAGCGGCGGACGCGGGCUAGGACUGAUAGAAGUAGGUCACCUAUUAAUGCAGUGAGCGAGGCCCCUCGCAGGUCUCAUCACAACACAUCAUCUCAAACACUUGACCACUCCUCAGCGGGCGAGGCUGAGGGCAGCUCUAGAACCAGGCAGCACGUGACGUUAAGGCAGCACAUGGUGGGGACUGAGGUGCCAAGUGAAAAUGCAGUUCUGUUUUCCCCCCCUGAGACGAGGCCUGCUCCUCAAGCAGCAGGUUCUUCAGAAACCACGGGCACCAGUGAGUCCACGGCUCCUGGGCAGAGGCCUCCCACCAUAGUGCUGGACCUGCAGGUGAGAAGAGUUCGCCCGGGUGAGUACCGGCAGAGGGACAGCAUCGCCAACAGGACCCGCUCGCGGUCCCAGACCCCCAACAACACGGUCACCUACGAGAGCGAGCGCGGAGGCUUCCGGCGCACCUUCUCCCGCUCGGAGCGGGCUGGGGUGAGAACUUACGUCAGCACCAUUAGGAUCCCCAUCCGGAGGAUCUUAAACACGGGCCUGAGCGAGACCACGUCGGUGGCCAUCCAGACCAUGCUGAGGCAGAUCAUGACGGGCUUCGGGGAGCUCAGCUACUUCAUGUACAGCGAUAGCGAUGCAGAUUCCACUGGGGCGACUCCCAGUCACAAUGUGGAGACUUCCGAGCCGCAGAGCGGAGGCGGGGGCGCCUCGGGCAAUGAGAAUGCAGAUGUUAGCUCAGGGGAGGUGUACGAGGGGGGGCACGAGGCUAGCUCAACAUCUGGUGCCAGGCGGGAAGGCCGGAAUACGAGGGGAUCGGUCACUUUUGAAGAAAGUGGUUCUCUACCAUUCCUUAGCCUUGCACAGUUUUUCCUACUCAACGAAGAUGACGAUGACCAACCGAGAGGACUCACCAAAGAACAAAUUGACAACCUAGCCAUGAGGAAUUUUGGUGAGAGCGACGCUCUGAAAACCUGCAGCGUGUGCAUCACAGAGUACACGGAGGGCAACAAGCUCCGCAAGCUGCCGUGCUCGCACGAGUACCACGUGCACUGCAUCGACCGCUGGCUGUCGGAGAACUCCACCUGCCCCAUCUGCCGCAGGGCAGUCCUGGCCUCUGGGAACAGGGAGAGUGUGGUCUAAAGCAGAGCUGAGUCGAUGGCCAGGCAGCUGGUGUGAUAGUGAUGGGCAAAGAAGUCACUUCCUUUAUGGCCACUUUUUGAGUGGUACCUCAAUGUAUAGUAAUGACUCGGAGUGAAUCUUCCCUCAUGAAAGCAUUUUCUCUGGAUUCAAGCUUUGGGAAUUGGAAAAUUUCUUUAAUUAGGUUUUUCAAGUUCUUGUCGGUUUGGGUGUUCAAUUUCACUUGUCCAAAGACAUCUCCCCACUUCAAAAUAUUUUUUUUCUUUGUGAAGAUAUUAAGUUCUUUCUCCUUCCCAGCCCUUGCCAUCCCAGCCCAAUAAACAGUUUUUCCUCAAGAUUGUGCUUCUGAGGAGUUAUUUGAGAAGUUAUCCCAGCUCAGUGUCCAUGAGUCAUAGAGGAAUUUUUGCAAGAAAUCCAACUCUCUGAAAAAAUAAUAUUAAUUUAAUUGCACAUUUGAACAUACUUUUAAUUUUCCUCCUGGGUUAAUAUUGGACAUGUCUGUGUAAAUAACACUAAUGUUAGCCCUUUCCCCAUCACUAUGGCACGCUGUAGGAUGAGCUGUUAGCGUAAUUGGGAUAUUUAUCUUGUUGUGGAAAUAUAAGAAUUGCCUAUGCUUGUUUAAAUAAAGGAAAAAAAAUCUGU